AUGAUUUUUCAUAUACACAUUAUGAUUAAAGCAAAAUGGACUGCUAUUAAUUAUAUUGAAAGUUCGAAUAAACUUGAGAGUAAUACUACCGAACUUGACGCACAAGAUAAUUGUACUACUUUUUCUAAUGCAUAUACUAGUAGUAAUUUUGACACAGGAAAAAAGGUAUGUGAACUAUUCAUAAAACUAUAUAACUCAUUAUCCAAUGUUGAAAAUGGAAACAAACCAGACGAUACAAAGGAUUGGCAUUUUUUAAAUUACUGGUUAAAUAUUAAUAUAAGUAAAAGAAAACUUAAUAAAUCUACUUGUGCUACAAAGUUUUCCGAUGGUUUGAGCCAUCAUUGUACGUAUACCUUUUCAUAUGAAUUUCCGCCAGAAUUUAUAUAUAAUAUUAGGGAAGAAGAGUUGAUAAAAAUGAACCUUUUAUAUAGUUUAUAUGAGAACUAUAAAAAACUUGAUAAUAUUCUAAAUGGUCAGAAACCGGUUAAUGCGGGUUCACUAUUAGGGCCCUCUGCUAAAUGUUGCAGUGAUUAUGCAGAAGCUAAUUACCUGUGUAAUGAUAAAAAUAAUGAAUUUUGUACACAACUAAAAAAAUUUAAAGAAAAAUAUGAUGGACUUUAUAAUACAGAGAUCGAAGGAAAACCUGAAUAUACGAAUAAUUUUAUAAAAUUGUCACAAUGCGAUAAUAAUACUAUGUCAAAAGCACUUAUAGGAACAACGGUUGGAUUAGUUCCCUUAUUGGUGGGGUUAUAUAAGUUUACCCCACUUAGACAACUGAUGAAUUUUAAAAAAGGAAAAUUAGCUGAACAGUAUAGAAAUAAUGAUGACGAAAUGAGAGAUAUAAUGUUAAUGGAUCAGGGAAGUGAACAUAUAAGUUCUCAGCAAGGGAGAUAUAAUAUUAAAUAUCAUUCUGUAUAA